AUGAAGUAUCGAAAGGUUGGUUCAGGAAGCUUGUACAAUGGCGUGGGAUCGUCAAACUUGUGGACCAAGUCUAGUGAGUCAGGGCCAUCGGGGGGAUGCGCUGUGAUGAGAGUCAACAACAACCGAAAACAACCCACAGCCAACAAAACCAAGGAUAACGCCCAUGCGGAAGAAGAAGAACAGAACAAGACUGUAUCGAAAGUGAAUGUCACGGGAGCUGAAGUAACGCAAGAGCAAGGCAGUGCACUCUCCGUCGUCUCCGAGGACGAGACGCAUCAUCCGAAACCGGAUCAAGUGCCUCCUUCACCAGCGAAGCAGACACAUUUGACGUAUUUCAACGACGAACGAAAACCACCUCCCAGCUUCAUCGUUGGACAGCAUUACAAAGCUGCAAUCCAAGAAGACGCAGGUUCUAGCAAUCAAAUGCAGUUAAGACCUUCUGGGAUGCUGUGUUUGGAAGAAGUCUUACUCCCAGCUAUUGCUCACCAAGAGCAACACGAUCUCAAACAAAUCCAACGAAGAACCCAACGUGAUGUUCCUCAUCUCACCCAUAUCGUCAAAACUGGACGACUGGCAGUGAAGAAGAGUUUGAUCGCAGCAAUUGAUGCAGCACAGAAUUCAAGACUAGAACGACGCGUUCUCGAUGAUCAACGAGAGAAAGCGGCGGAACAAAAGCGCCAGCAACAGCGGGAAGAAAACCGACAACAGCGAGCACGAGACUUGGAACAGCGCCGGGGAGAAGAAGCCAAGAAGAAAGAACUCAAGAAACAAAAAGAGACACGAGAAAUGAGAAAGAAAUAUCAGCCCAACCAAGAACUCUGGCGUGAGGCUGCUUAUCUCAUGACAGAAUCAUCCAAAUUGGAACGAGAAGGUCGCCUUUGGGCGGAUGCGGAAGGGUUGCUCGAUGCCGCUGAGAAGGACUUGGAAGCUCGAGAACAAGAAGCCAACAAUCAAAAGAGAGAAAAGGAUGCGACAAUUGACAAAAUGGCCAAAGCAGGAGAAGAGGAGGAAGAAGAAGGCUUGGACAGUGAUGUGUUUGUGUCAUCUAUUCAGGGCGUUAUUAGCUCAUCGAACAGCAUCCAGACAGCAUUGAAAUCCCUGACGGACUUGAUGAUGAGUACAGAGAAGCUUCGAAAGGACGUCUACCAGCGAUACCGACAAGACCACCAAUUUGACGGCUACAGGGGUGUGAACAAUCCCAAGGGGCUCAUUAGAAUUUUGAGUCAAGAGGAUUAA